GAGCUCUGCGACCAAAGUUCUCAGGGACCCUCUUGAAUCGGCCAUUGAACAAGACUGGCUGUGGUCAAAGCCGAGCUGAAUUGUCGCCAAUAUGGCCUCCUUAAAGCGCAAAGAUGCGCCUGAGAACAGGUCUUCCCAGGCAACACCAGCCAAGAGGGUCUCGGGCGAGCCCCCGUCUAAACGCGCCAAGUCGCAGGCGGCUUCCAAUUCCAAAGACAAGACGGCGCCGGCCCAGGACGAUAAAACCACCAGCCAUGCCAACGCGCCACCCGUUAUCUCCCGCCUCAAGGAGGACGAGCCCAUGUUCCCUCGGGGUGGCGGCAGUGUCCUCUCCCCGCUCGAGCACAAGCAGAUCCAGAUCCAGGCCAAGAAGGAUGUGCUGUUCGAGCAAGAGUCCGGUGCCCAGGCGCGCAAGCCCGGCCAGCCCACCAAGAAAAAGAUAAAAACGACAAAGCCCAAAGCGGGCGCGACCUCAUAUACGGCGAAGGACCCGGACGCUGUAAAGGUGGAGAGCUUGAAUUUCAAGAGACUCGUCAAGGGAUCGCUCGUCCUCGGGCAGGUUAGCAAGAUCGGCCCCCUCGAGCUGGAGCUGUCUCUUCCCAACAACCUCGUUGGCCACGUACCUAUUACAGCUGUUUCGGAGCACCUCACCAAAAAGCUCGAGUCCGAUGCCGCGACUAGCGAAGAGGAGCAGGACGACGCCGACGACGGGGGGGACAGCGACCUUACAGCGCUCUUUUCAGUCGGCCAGUUUGUCCGUGCCUAUGUAACCUCGACCGUUGAUGAUUCUGGCUCGGCAUCAGCCAAGGCCAAGCGCCGCAUCGAACUUUCACUCUAUCCAGAACUCGCAAACUUGGGCCUUGGCGAGUCUGAUAUCGUCGAAAACAGCACUGUGGCAGGCUCUAUUCUUAGCGUUGAAGACCACGGUUAUGUUGUCUCGCUCGGCAUCCAGGACUCCCAACUCCGCGGCUUUCUGCCCAAAAAGGAGGUGGACUCCAACAUCCCCUCAACCCGCCUGGUACCAGGCUGUGUCCAUAUGUUUCUUGUCUCCGGGAGGCGUGCCAGCGGGACGGUUUCUCGGCUCUCGCUGCUCUCAAGCAACCUCGGCAACCUCAAACUCUACCCGGCCAGCGCGAAGACUAUCAACACGUUCCUACCAGGUACCGCCGUCGAGGUACUAGUGUCCGAUGUGUCUUCGAGGAGCCUCGCCGGCAAGGUCAUUGGUCACCUCGAUGUCACCGCCGACGUCAUCCAUUCUGGGUGCGGUCCCGACGGACUGGACUUGGAGAAAACCUACAAAGUGGGAUCCAAGAUCAAGGCCAGGAUAAUAUGCACCUUCCCCGCUGCAGACAGUCCGAAACUUGGCAUCAGCUUGCUUCCCCAUGUCACCGGUCUCAAGCCAAAACUCGUCGCUGUCCAAGGAAAGGAAGACGCCCACCCCCUGACAAUUCUUCCAAGUUCCUCCAUGGUGGAGGAGUGCGUUGUGCGCAAGGUGGAGCCGGGCAUUGGGCUCUUCGUUGAUGUCGGCGUUGAAGGUGUCCCCGGCUUCGUGCACAUCUCUCGGGUCAAGGAUGGGAAGGUCGAUGCCCUGUACGAAUCCAGCGGCCCUUACAAGACCGGCUCAACCCACCGCAGCAGAGUGAUUGGCUACAGCGCCCUAGAUGGCGUAUUCCUCGUGUCUCUCGAGAAGAGCGUGCUUGAACGGCCGUAUCUACGUAUCGAGGAUGUGCCGGUCGGUGAUGUCGUCACUGUCACGAUCGAGAAGUUGGUCGUGAAGGAGGAUGGAGUGAGUGGUCUGAUCGUCCGACUCGCCGAGGGAAUCACGGGAUUCGUUCCAGAGAUGCACCUGGCCGACGUGCGACUGCAGCACCCCGAGAAGAAGUUCAAGGAGGGGCUCAAAGUCAAGGCUCGAGUGCUAUCCGCCGACUCCGCCAAGCACCAGCUGCGUCUGACACUGAAGAAGACGCUGCUCAACUCCGAGACGAAACCGAUCAAGGCCUUUGACGAGGUUUCCGUCGGACAGCAGUUUCCCGGCACCAUCGUCAAGAUCAUGCCCAUCGGGGCCUUUGUGCAGUUCUACGGGGCUCUGAGAGGUUUCAUGCCCAUUUCGGAGAUGAGCGAGGCGUACAUCCGGGACCCCAACGAGCACUUUCGCGUUGGCCAGGUUGUAAAUGUCCACGUGGUCGAGGUUGACCCUGCCGCCCACCGCCUCAUCGUCUCGUGCAAGGACCCUGCGGCUUUUGGUAUGGAGAAGCGGCUGGCCCUACAGGCGCUUAAGCUCGGCCAGCUGGUUUCCGCAAAGGUCGCGCAGAAGUCCGAGGACGAGAUCUCCUUAGAGCUCGUUGGCAGCUUGCUCAAGGCGGUGCUGCGAUGCAGCCACAUGACUGACAAGUCAGCCUCCAAGAACCAGUCGGCACUGAACAAGAUACGUGUUGGUCAGACCCUCGAUGGCUUGGUGGUGCUUGAGAAAGAUGAGGACCGGCGGGCUGUCGUAUUGUCGCUGAAGCCUAGCCUUGUCAAGGCAAGCAAGGACGGGCGGCUACUCACCGCGCUGCAGGACGCCAAGGUUGGGUCACUGGUCCAGGGAUUUAUCCGGAACAUCACAGCUACCGCCGUAUUCGUGCAGUUUGCCGGCAACCUCACUGCCCUGCUGCCACGAUCACUGAUGACUGCGGGAAUGCAAGCGCAGGAGGGCUUCGGCCUCCGUUUGAGUCAACCCAUCCUCGUCAAGGUGCACUCGGUCGACGACAAGCGUUUAGUGGUCGCCAUGCCCGAUGCGGAACCGCCAAGCAAGACCGACAAGCCAUCGUCGGCAUCCAAGCCUAUCGCCAACGCCAUUGACCCCACCAUUAACUCGACGGACGAUAUCACUGUGGGCAAGAUCACCAAGGCCAGGAUUUCCUCGGUCAAAAAGACACAACUCAACGUGUCUCUCGGCGACAACAUCCAGGGGCGUGUUGACGUCUCUGAGGUGUUCGACUCAUGGGACGAGAUCGAGGACCCCAAGGAUCCGCUCCAAAAGUUUGCCGCCAACCAGAUAAUAGACGUGCGCGUCAUCGGCGUUCAUGACGCACGCAACUACCGCUUCCUACCCUUCUCGCACCGCACCGCGCACUCGGUACUGGAGCUCACAGCCAAGCCGAGUAGCCUUCGUGAGACUGCGCGCGGCUACAAGCCACUAGCGCUAGAGGAUAUCAAGCCAGACUCCAACUGGCUCUCGUUUGUGAACAAUAACGAUGGCAACUGCCUUUGGGUGAACCUGUCGCCUGCCGUCCGCGGGAGAAUCCGCGCGGCCGAGGUGUCAGACGACAGCUCCCUGAGCAAGGACCUGCGGCAGCACUUCCCCGUCGGGUCGGCCCUCCGCACGAGGGUGGUAACUGUCAAGUCGGAAAACGGCCAUCUUGACCUCUCGGCGCGGUCGGCGCGCCCCAACGAACGCCUGACGUGGGACGAGCUGGAAAAGGACACGGUGAUGCACGCUAGGGUGACCAAGGUGAACGACCGUCAAGUCCUGAUACAGAUCAGCGAUUCUGUGUCCGGGCCAGUGCACAUGGUGGACCUCAGCGACGACUACGAUCAAGCCAACCCGCUCAGAUAUUCCAAAAACGACAUCAUCCGCGUCGCCGUCGUCAGCGUCGACAGGAGCAAUAAAAAGGUCAGGCUCUCGGCCAGGGAAUCACGCGUGCUGAACUCGGCACUUCCGGUGAAGGACCGUGAGAUCACCGCCGUCUCCCAGAUCGAGGUUGGCAGCAUCAUCCGCGGCUUUGUCAAAAACGUGUCAGACAAGGGGCUUUUCGUCACUCUUGGUGGCGUGGACGCCUUCGUCCGGAUUGCGGACCUCUCGGACGCAUAUCUGAAGGAGUGGAAAGACCAUUUCCAGGUGGACCAGCUCGUCAAGGGCCGAGUCUUGGCAGUCAACCCCGCGACCGGCCAGGUGCAGAUGAGCCUCAAGGCCUCGGCGGUUGACGAAGACUACAAGCCCCUGCCCGGGUUUGCCGACUUCAAGAAGGGACAGGUCGUUACCGGAAAGGUGCGCAAGGUUGCCGAUUUUGGCGCCUUCAUCCUGGUAGACAAGUCGGCCAACGUCAGCGGCCUCUGCCACAGGACCGAGAUGGCAGACAAGCCCGUCAAGGAUGCGACCAGAUUGUACAAGGAGGGCGACAGCGUCAAGGCGAUUGUUCUGGGCGUUGACGCGGGAAAGAGGAAAAUCACGCUGGGCCUGAAGCCAUCAUACUUUGAAGAUGCCGAUUCUGACGAGGACAUGGACGGUGACGACGACGAUGAAGAAGACCUUGCUUCUGACGAUUCCGGAGACUCGGGUUCCGAGGACGAGGACAUGGAGGACGCCGAUAGCGUUGUCCUCUUCACUGGUGGUGAGGGUGUGUCUCUGGAUGAAGAUGGGUCGGACGACGAAGGCGACGACACAUCCAUGGCCGAUGCCGAGGACGGCGAUGCCCCUCUGCCGGGGCUUGACGCUGGCGGGUUCGACUGGUCCGGUGGCGGGCUGGACGAGGCAGUCAACGAGGCGGACGACUCGGGCGCCGUAGCCAAGAAGAGCAAGAAACGGAAGAAGGUGGAGGUUGAGGUGGAUAGGACAGGCGACCUGGACGCGAAGGGACCGCAGGCCGCCAGCGAUUUUGAAAGGCUCCUGCUCGGACAGCCAAACUCAUCUUCGCUCUGGAUUGCAUACGUGGCUUUCCAGAUGCAGGUGAGCGAGCUGUCCAAGGCGCGCGAGAUCGCCGAGAGGGCCAUCAACACCAUCAACGUGCGCGAGGAGACAGAAAAGCUCAACGUUUGGAUCGCGUACCUCAACCUCGAGGUGGCAUACGGAACCGACGAGACUCUCAACGAGGUCUUCAGGCGGGCCUGCCAGUACAACGACGAACAGGAGGUCUACGAGCGGCUGACGAGCAUUUGCAUCCAGUCGGGCAAGAACGACAAGGUCGAUGAGCUGUUUCAGACAAUGGUCAAGAAGUUUGGCAGCAAGUCACCCGACGUGUGGCUCAACUAUGCACACUUCCUCUACACUUUAGGAGGCUCUGCGGAGCGCGGGCGAGCUCUACUCCCACGGGCACUCAAAUCACUAGACAGCCGGGCGCACCUGACGCUGACGAGCAAGUUCGCGGCCCUCGAGUUCAGGUGUGCAGGCGGCGAGCCUGAGCGUGGGCGGACCGUGUUCGAGGGCCUGCUAGCAACCUACCCCAAACGAUUCGAUCUGUGGAAUCAGCUUCUGGAUCUGGAGACGUCGGCAGCAGACAAGGAUGCCAACGUGGUGCGGGACGUGUUUGAGCGCGGCACAAAGGUCAAGGGCCUCAAGCCGCGGCAGGCCAAGGCGUGGUUCCAGCGAUGGGCCAAGUGGGAAGAGGCCAACGGCGAUGCGAAGAGUCGGGAAAAGGUCACUGCCAAGGCAAAGGGGUGGGCCAGCUCGGCGGAAGCAAGAAAGGCCGAGAUGACAGCGCAGCAGGAGGCCGAGGAGUAGUUGCCGAUAAAGGCAAAGGACCCUGGGCAUCUGACCGGUCAGGCAUGGCAAAGCGGUGCCCGUACAUAGAUGCGAAAUAAUCACACGGUUACAAGAGCA